AUGAUUAAUUUAGAUAUUGAAAUAUUGAAUGAUGUCAAUUUAAUAUUAGAAAAAUUAGAUGCGCACGAUCGUUUUAUUGAAGCAAAAAUAGAACUGUUCGAAGAUAUAGACAAAACGAAAAAUUGUUAUAGUACUACUUUAAAUAAUGAAGAAAAUAUAAGUAAUACACAAAUAUUUAGCUCAGAAUUGGAUAUUAAUAACAAACAAGAUGAAGAAAAUAAUAUGAACCCUUUAUAUGAUAAUAGAAAUAAUAUGUCUCAAAUGACCGAAAAUAAUGUUAAUCUUUUGGACUCUCUGAAUCCUUUUGAUGAUGAAAAUAAUAUGUCAAAAGAAAUACAUAAUAAUAAGGAAAUAGAAGAAAAUGACGAAAAUGAAGAUAAGAAUGAUAAUAAAAAAAAUAAUGAUAGUAAUAAAAAUAAUGAUAGUAAUAAAUAUAAUGAUAGUAAUAAAAAUAAUGAUAGUAAUAAAAAUAAUGAUAGUAAUAAAAAUAAUGAUAGUAAUAAAAAUAAUGACAGUAAUAAAUAUAAUGAUAAUAUUAAAAAUAAUGAUAAUAUAUAUAAUGAUAAUAAUAACACUUGCUAUAUAAAUACCCUAGACAAUAUUAAUAACAACAAAAAUGUAAAAAAAAAAAAAAUUCCUGAAAUUAUUAAUAAUAAUGGAAAAGAAAAAAAAAGCAUUUUGACUAAUAUUAUUAAUAUCUUAAAUUAUGUUUUUCCAGAUUAUGAAUUUAAAUACUUAAAUAAUUCAAACUAUAAAUAUAUAAAAAAUAUUAAUAGUGUUAUUGAUAAUAUAAACUAUAACUUAUUUUAUAUUGUUGAAAAUAUUUAUAGAGGAUUCAAUAAAAAAAUAUGGAAAAUAUUAAAAGAACUUAUUGAUUUCAAAUAUUGUGAUGUCUAUACUUAUUUAAACGAUACAGAUAAUGAUCCAUAUGUUGAUAAAGAAAGUAUAUCAAGUUUUAAUUACUUCUUCUUUGCAAAAAAAAAUAAAAGAAUUCUUUUCAUAUCUUGUAUAACCAAACCAAAAUAUAAAAAUCAAAAAAAUGACGAAGAUUUUAAUAAUUUAUAUAUGGGAAUACAAGAUGAUCCUUCAAUCAAUGAACAAAAUGAAUAUGAUGACGAAGACUCCUCACUUUGUUAA